CUAUUCCCCAUAUGUGCCUCAACAUAAAUACUCCCUCCUUCGGCCUCAGAUCUUUGCCAGAAACUCAACGAAACUCUUGAUCACCAUAACCAUGUCAAUGGCAACAACAUCCCCUCACACCGCCCUCUUCCAAAACCGCACCAACCCUUUCACUCUCUCCUCCUUCAAACCCACAUCCAUCAAAUGCGCCACCCAACUCCAUACCCAAGCCCCGCCCCUCACCCACUCCCAAGAUCGCGUCUUCAACUUCGCCGCCGGCCCCGCCACCCUCCCGGAAAACGUCCUCCUACGUGCCCAAUCCGAGCUCUACAACUGGCGCGGAUCCGGCAUGAGCGUCAUGGAAAUGAGCCACCGCGGCAAGGAGUUUCUCUCCAUAAUCCAAAAAGCCGAAUCGGAUCUCCGCGCCCUCCUCCAGAUCCCCCCUGAAUACUCCGUCCUCUUCCUCCAGGGCGGCGCCACCUCCCAGUUCGCCGCCGUCCCCCUCAACCUCUGCUCCUCCCCCGACUCCGCCGUCGACUACGUCGUCACCGGCUCCUGGAGCGACAAGGCCGCCAAGGAGGCGCAGAAGUACUCCAAGCCCACCGUGAUCUGGUCUGGGAAAUCCGAAAAGUACACAAAGAUCCCAUCUUUUCACGAUUUGGAGCAGAAUGAGAAUUCUGGGUAUCUUCAUAUCUGUGCCAAUGAGACUAUUCAUGGGGUGGAGUAUAAAGACUACCCUGUUCCCAAGAGUGGUGUCUUGGUUGCUGAUAUGUCCUCUAAUUUCUGCUCCAAGCCUGUGGAUGUGUCAAGGUUUGGGGUUAUCUAUGCUGGGGCCCAGAAGAAUGUGGGGCCCUCUGGUGUCACCAUUGUGAUCAUCAGAAAGGACCUUAUUGGGAAUGCACAGGGUUUCACGCCUGUGAUGUUUGAUUACAAGAUCCAUGAUGAAAACAAUUCACUCUACAAUACCCCUCCUUGUUAUGGGAUUUACAUGUGUGGGUUGGUGUUUGAGGACUUGUUGGAGCAAGGUGGGUUGGGGGAGGUUGAGAGGAAGAAUCAGAAGAAAGCUGAGAUUCUCUACAGUGCAAUUGAUGGCAGCAAAGGGUUCUAUAAAUGCCCUGUUGAGAAGUCUGUGAGAUCUUUGAUGAAUGUGCCUUUCACUUUGGAGAAAUCAGAGCUGGAGGGUGAGUUUAUCAAGGAGGCUGCUAAAGAGAAGAUGGUGCAGCUCAAGGGACAUAGAUCAGUGGGAGGUAUGAGGGCUUCUAUUUACAAUGCCAUGCCCUUGGCUGGGGUUGAGAAGUUGGUGGCUUUCAUGAAGGAUUUUCAGGCAAGGCAUGCCUAAAGGAGUAACCUCAAUCUGAAACAAAUACUUGCAUUGCAUAAACCUAAUGCCUAAAGGAUUUUAUGCUAAUAAAGUGUUUGUCUGGUAUUCAGAAAGGGUCACAAUCUCUUGUCAGUUUUUUGCUUUCUUUAGUUAGGUAUCUUUGCUGUCUCUUUUUGUUUACUUUCUUGUUCCAUGUUUGAUAUUCAAAUUUGGGUCGGCAGGUAGUGUUUUCAUUGCGCUUUACCUUUGUCGAUCGCAAGUGAAGUAGUUUAGUUUUGAUUUCUUGAUAUACCCUCUACUAUUACUACUACAAGUCUAUAAGUUUGUAUGAAUUGAGUCUCAUGUGAUAUUUUACUGGAUGUAACAUGUAGUAUAUUCUCAAUCUCAAUAAAUUGAAUGAGGAUGAAACAUAUUGAGCUGCUGUGGACCUGAUUUAACACUACCAAGGUUGAGGGAAGGAAAAGUUAUUGUAUGUGUGUAUGUAUGUAUCUGUGGUGUUCUUUGGGCAUUGAAUUUGAUGUUGCAUUGUAACAAGAUGGUUCAUUUGUUUGGUGACUAUGUUAUCAAAAUUACGCAAUGUAUUGUUGAUU